GGGAAGCAGCCGGUCUCGCCCUAGGCCUUGUGAUGCUGGGAUCCAAAAACGCCCAGGCAAUUGAGGACAUGGUGGGCUAUGCCCAGGAAACCCAACACGAGAAGAUCUUACGGGGCUUGGCCGUUGGGAUCGCCCUGGUGAUGUACGGGAGGAUGGAGGAAGCCGACGCCCUCAUCGAGAGCCUCUGCAGGGAUAAGGACCCAAUUCUCCGGCGUUCGGGGAUGUAUACUGUCGCAAUGGCUUAUUGCGGCUCAGGGAACAACAAAGCGAUCCGGCGUCUGUUACAUGUGGCGGUGAGCGACGUCAACGAUGACGUGAGGCGAGCGGCUGUCGAAUCUCUGGGCUUUAUUUUGUUCAGGUACGAGCAACGUUUUCAACAACCUGGGAUGGUCUCCAAGUUGCCUUACAUGAUUGCGCCUUGGUCCUUCAGCAGACCUAUGGUACCCAAAGACACUG